AUGUUGGCUAUCGGAGACGUUAUUUUAAGAGCUUUUAACUUUGUAUUUUUAGCUAUUACCCUUGGUUUGACUGGUUCAUUAGCCGCCACCACUGUAUCCCAACACAAUCCUCAAAUCAACUUUGCUGUUUUUGCAGCAGCUUUUGGUCUUUUGACUUCAUCAAUUUACGGUGUAUUUGCCUUUUUCAUUGAAGCAUUGGCCUGGCCAUUGAUUUUGUUUACUUUUGACUUUUUGAACUUUGUCUUCACUUUUGCUGCUGCUUGUGCUAUUGCUGCUGGUAUUAGAGUACAUUCAUGCAGUAAUCAAGACUACCUUGACGACAACAAGAUUAACCAAGGUUCAAGUGGUAGAUGUAGAAAGGCUCAAGCCUCAACUGCAUUUUUGUAUUUCAGUGCUUUUAUCUUCAUUGCUUCUGGUAUUUUCAGUGCUAUUGGUUUGUUCAAGGGUGGAUUAUUUGGUUCUAAAUACUCGAGAUCUGCUCCAAGAACCGGUGUUCCAACCAUGUCCCAAGUUUAA